AUGACUCGCAAGAAGUCGACCAAGGAGCCGGACAAGGCCCAGCGACUCUCCCUUGCUGAGUUGGCCGCCCAUGACGAUGUGUGUUCGGAUGUAAUGGUAGAUAAUGCUUAUUACAAGUCCAAGAUUCGAAAGAACCGCACCAAGCACAUUCCUAUUCGAGGCAUUAAGGACGAGGAAAUACCCAAGAUCCUUUUACACAAGGUCAUUGUCGACAAAGAUGUCAAGGCGGCCGAGAAGGCCCUGCUCGCUCUUCCUGGGCCUAAGAGGUAUAAGAAGAGUUUGCGCACCAAGGCCGAACAAGAGCAUUUCUUGGAGCAUUUGAGGAAGUACAUCGCCAUGUACCAGACCGACUGCGCCUGGGAAGUGUCCACGACGAACCGAUACACCAUUACCACCUAUGAAGCUGCUGUGACGGCGAGGAGACGGAUCCGACAGGGCGACACCAUCAAAUACCUCACCGGCACUCUUGUCCCUCUCACGACGGAAGAAUCUGCGGAGUUGGAUAUGAGCAACCGCAAUUUCAGCAUCGUUGUAUCCGGUCGCAAGAAGAAUUCUUCCAUCUUCCUGGGUCCGGCACGUUUCGCGAACCACGAUUGUGACGCAAAUGGACGUCUGGUCCCACAUGGAGAAAACGGAAUGGAAGUGGUUGCCAUGAAGAAUAUCGAGGUCGGUGAUGAGAUUACUGUCUCCUAUGGCGAUGACUACUUCGGCCCAGGCAAUAUGGACUGUCUGUGCCAUACUUGCGAACAGCUGGAACGGAAUGGGUGGACUUCGAAGGCGGCUAUUCUCGACACUCCCAGUCGUACAACCACUCCACUCCAAACACUACUCCACGAGCCCCUGUCAGCAAAUCAAACCCGAGGACUGAAGCGGAAGAGAGACUCGGAUCUUUCUUAUUCAUCCUCUGCACCCCCUCCCUCUAAGCACGCUAAGCCUAUGCAGUCGCCCUCCAAACUACAGCAGUCCUGGACUCCACCAGAUAGUUCGGACUCGGACAUCACGCAACAAGCGCUCCGUGAGCGGAGAUCAGAACCUGUAGAGACGCUUCGAGAGGCGGCUUCUAAGGGAUCUGUGGCUCUUUCCCCGCCUCAUAGUCAGUCUCGGACCGAAAAUAGCGAGUCGCCCGAUCCCAUCUCGCCGGUUGCAGUGUCAUCAGCACCUGUGGAAGCGGCAGAUCUACCAGCAGAUGCGGUGCAACAAUCAUCCACGACCCACGAAAGCAGUCAUGAAGGCAAGAUGCCUGCUAGAUUGCUCGAGAAGUUAUCAACCAAUGCACCAAUGUCACCAGCGCCAACAUCUCCCUCUAGCAACGGGUGUUCGACCGAGGGUGUACCACCUAUUCAAGAGAUGUCCCACGUACAAGCCACCGAUGCAGCUGUAACCAUCAAGGUUGAAAGUGUCGAAACUACCAAGAUGGAAGUAGACGAGGAUACUAUCAUCGUCGCGCCAUAUAGGGAGGUCUCGUUGCCGGCUGCUGACAAUCAACGGCCCCCAAACCAGCAGAAGAAAGGUGUUUCGCUAUCGGAAAGCUCGCAACCGACAGUUCCUCAUGCAGUCUCCACGCUUGCUACGACGACAGUCACCAAAGAAAUCCACGAAGCAUCGAUCUCUGCAGCCACAGAAAAUAGCGUCCUACCAUCGAUAGAACCAACGAGCACUUCAAGAACUGUAGCUCAGCUGACGGUUCAUCCUAUGACUGGCACGAUUCGCAUUGCAGGAGACUACAUCCUGACCCGAAAACUACUCGCGCAGCCUCACGAUCGUUGGGUACAAUGCCACAACCAGAAGUGUCUCGGCUUCUUCAUCCAGCCCAACGGCUACCAGACCCGCCGCGAGUGUCCGCGCUGCGAGCGGCACAGCAUGCUGUACGGUUUUCCUUGGCCGAAAACAGAUGCCGAUCCACGCAAACUGCUGGAGCGCAAACCCACGGGUAAAGGCAAGAAGACCGGAACACCAGCCAUUGAAUAUAGCGCAUAUCGACGACAGGGGAGGUCUGGCAAAGGGACCUGGGUUGAAGGUGGUGGCGAUCCUGAAGAACGGGUCAUGGACCACCGCACAAUUCAUCGAUUCGUUCUACCAGAGGAAGAAAAAGAGCAAACAAGGAGGGGCUUGCUGAAAGAAGCUGAAAUCGCAAGAGCAGCUGGAGACCACCAGCUGGCCAUCUUGGAGGCAAGGAUGCGCGUUGGCUCGCAUUCCCGAGCACCCCACGGUAAUGGCUCGGAGAGUGCAGUGCGAGACGUGAAUGAGAGUGGGAGUGCAACGCCAGACGAAAUGAGACGACGGAGUAAUCGAUUUGUUACGAGGCCUGUGGGAGUGUACACGGACAGAUUCUAG